GAUAACACGUGCCCCAUCAGCCUCCAAAAAAAGAAGAAAAAAAAAUUCAACCCCUGCAAAAAGAAAUAAAAUUAUUAGCCAAAGUAGAAGAACCAAACAUUGUUGUAUUCUCCAUCUAUCUAAUCAUAUACAUUUAUAUAAAAUCUAGAUCUACAAUCAUUAUUUUCCUAAUUUCAUAUUAAUUCUUACCGUCGUCGGAUUUCAUCAAAACCCUAAAAAAAUUUACUCAACUUGUGAUUUAACAUUUGUUUACUAUUUUGUUCAUUAUGAGACAGAGGAAGAAAUCAAAUUCCGAUGUUCAACAGGAAGACCAACAUCAGAAUGGUCACUUAUCAAAGUUCAGACAGCUUUUCGAUCCCGAAGCUUCUUGGGAUAAGGAUCAAUUGGGUGAUGUAUUGCAUUGGACUAGACAAUUGAUGGCUGUUGUUUGUGGAUUAAUAUGGGGUGCCAUUCCUUUGGUUGGUGGGGUCUGGUUUAUGCUGUUCCUUGCACUUUCAACUGGUAUUAUCUACUGUUAUUAUGCGCUGGUGCUAAAAGUUGAUGAAGAAGAAUUUGGUGGGCAUGGAGCUCUCCUCCAGGAAGGGCUGUUUGCUUCUAUGACACUCUUUCUGCUUUCUUGGACCGUAGUCUACAGUUUGGCUCACUUCUGAUAUGGGCUUCUCAACUUGACUGAACUUCCAGUCACUUUUUCAAGUCAGAACUCAUAUUUUGGUAGAUGGUUCCAGGUGUUAUUUUUGUUGUUGGGAUGGAACUCCCAAAAAGACAACACUGGCUGAUAAAAAGGCCAAUUUUCGACUGUGCAAUAUUAUCUUCAGUGUAAUCUGAAACAUGGUAGCUUUCCUUUUCGAACAUAGUUUAAAAUGUAUUUGUUCAAACAUUCUUUCCUCGUUAGUGCAGAUCAUGCUUUGACCCAAUAA